CCGCCGCAGCAGCAGAGGCUGCGGCGCCCCCCUUGGGGGAGGCGAAUGCGGAUCCGGAUGCGGAUGCGGAUGCGGAUGCGGACGCAGAUGCGGACGAGGAGGUAGCGGCGGCCGUAGCGGCGGCGGCGGCGGCGGCGGCGGCGGCGGCCGCCGCUGCCGCGGAUGCAGAUGCGGAGACGGGCGGGGGCUCGGAGGGGAACCCAGACUUUCCCAUGGCCUCGCUGUACGUGGGCGAUCUGCACCCCGAAGUGACCGAGGCAAUGCUCUACGAGAAGUUCAGCCCAGCCGGGCCCAUUCUCUCCAUCCGCAUCUGCAGGGACAAGAUCACCCGCCGCUCUUUGGGCUACGCGUAUGUCAACUACCAGCAACCGGUGGACGCCAAGCGGGCCCUGGAGACCCUGAAUUUCGAUGUCAUAAAGGGCAGGCCGGUGCGCAUCAUGUGGUCCCAGAGGGACCCCUCGCUCCGCAAGAGCGGGGUGGGCAACGUCUUCAUCAAGAACCUGGGCAAGACCAUUGACAACAAGGCGUUGUACAACAUCUUCUCAGCCUUCGGCAACAUCCUCUCCUGCAAAGUGGCCUGCGACGAAAAGGGGCCCAAGGGCUAUGGGUUCGUGCACUUCCAGAAGCAGGAGUCGGCCGAAAGGGCCAUAGAUGCAAUGAAUGGCAUGUUCCUUAACUACCGCAAAAUUUUCGUCGGCAGAUUCAAGUCCCACAAAGAGCGAGAGGCCGAAAGGGGAGCCUGGGCCAGGCAGUCCACCAGUGCUGACGUCAAGGAUUUCGAGGAAGACACCGAUGAGGAGGCCACCUUGCGAUAAACACAUCCAGGAGCAUCCAGCCAGCAGAGCCAAAUCUUGGCUCCCACCCGGUUUACAACCCCCCCACCCCCCCACCCCAACCCACCAGCAGUGUAUUGUAUUGGGAGUGCAGGUCUCUCUCUUUCCUUCCCCUCUCCUCCAACCCUGUCCUUCUCCCCUCUUUCGCCCCUCCCUCCAACCCCCCCCCCCGCUGUCCCUAAUGCCCCCCACCCUUGCUCCCUCUCUCCUCUCCCCUCCCUGCCUCUUCCCCCUACCCCACCAAGGACAUUGUGAAUACUCUUAUUAAUAGGUGCCAUUGGAUAGGUUAAAGGCUGCCUCUUCUCCCUGUGGUCUGGUUUAAAAACCGUUUUCUUUCUUGCUUUGUUUACUGCGCAGGCGGUAACAAUGUCAUGGUAAAACUAUCCUGAAGGAGAAGGAAAUCAGAUGAGGGAAACCCAAGAGAGUAUUUGCUCCCCCUGGCCCUACCACCCAGAGAGAACCACUUUUACCUUCUUGCUGUGAUGUUGUCCCAGGCUCUCUCCCCACCCCCUCUCGCUGUCUUCCUCACCCCCACCCCACCUUCCCUUUUAACAUCUGUUGUAGAAUGAUUCAUGUUAUGUGGUGUUUCUUAACCGGCUUUUUCAGCAACUAAAACCAAACGAAAAUCAGCCCAUGAACUUCUUUCCAUGUUAUUCAACAGGCUUAUGAAACGUCAUCUUCAGUGCCUGCAGAGUGCUCCAGUGUAUCCAUGGACCUUAACAUUUCUGUAAUCAUUCCCGCAUUGUUGGACAUUCAGGUGGUGCCUAGUUCUUUUCCCUGCGUUUGAAGCCAACACUGCGUGCUCUGAUGAGCGAAUCCUUCCUUGUCAAGCCAAAUCUUUGCUAGCAUCCUAGAUGGUCUCCCCAACUGUGGACUUGCAGGAUCCACAUAUAGACGUUUUAAAGACUUCCUGUGUGUUGCCAAAAGGCCCCCCUUCAUAAGCAUUGUGCCGAGUUGCACUUGUGCCAGCCAGCGCAGCUAGUAAAAAGUGUAUGCCCAUUUCCCCUGCACAGUCUCCUGCUCACUGUAACGUGUGUGUGUGUGUGUGCACGCGUGCGCGUGUGCGCUCGCGUGCUUGCGUGUGUAUCUUGGCCAGCUUGAUGGGCUACAAAUGGUACUUUGCUGUCCUUGGUUGUUUUGCUGGACUUGAACACUGUUAACUCACCCAUUUCCCCUGUGCCCACUUCCUAUCCGUUUUCUUGUUGUCAGAAAAAUAAUUCAGCUUUAUUGCAGGAAGAAAAUAUCACAAAGCAGACAAGUUAACAGAAGAAAAGUAAUGUCACCAGUAAUCAAUCCUAAUUAUUACCUAUACCCUACUGAAACGUUUUCAUGUGUAUCUUUCCUGUUUUUUCAUGUGAUAUAUAUGUGAAUUUAAUGUAUAUACUGUUUCAAUAUCUGCUUUUUCACACAUAAAUAUAUAGAUAUAGAUGUAUAGAUAUUCUUGAACUUCCUUUCAUGUCAUUAAAUAUUCUUCUAAAAUAUU